AUGAAGCAUUACCAUGAUAUUAACAUAAAACAUCCUUUUGACUUGUCACUUCUCCAUAACUUGGUUCGCCACUAUACGUGGUUUGAUGCCAUGGGUGAUGCCCCAGUUCACCCACCCCAAGAACUGGGCCUGUGUUUUCAUACUAUUCACAGUAUCCACCCUCAUCCAUGCAUAUAACUAAAAAACUUUGGGGAAGCUAUAGAGAAAGAUGAAGUUGGUAAAGAAGAUGAGAUGAGGAAGAAGAGGCAGAAGAGGCAUGAAAAGAAGUAUUGAAAAAUGAAUAGUUUCACACUGUAGCAAACUGCAUCUCCACCUGAUGAAAAGCACCAGCAGAGGCUUGGCAGAUUCACAGGUCCCAUGGUCAACGUAAGCAUGAUGAAUGCCAUGCCAAUUCAGCAACCUCAACCACAGUCACAACUACAGCCUCCACAACAGCAGCAGACACAACAGUGGCAAGGAACAGUUCGAAUGACAAUGAACCCACAAGGAGUGAUGCAGCAACAAGGCCCUGUUUUCCCUCAGCAAAAUCAGUACACCAUGGUGCAACAAAGACAGCAGCAACAACAACAAGAAGCUACAAAUCAGACUCAAUCAAAUUCUCUAUUGCAUCAACUUAUUCAGCCAUCAUCCCAGCCACAGACAUCUAUGCCUCAGCAGAAUCUAAACAUGGGCAUGACUGGACCAAGAUUAGGAAUGGGGAUGCAAGGGGAUCUCAGCAUGGCUCAGUCUCAACCACAGCAGCAGCAGCAGCUUGGCGUGGGAAUCAAUUUACAAGAUCAGCAACAACAGCAACUGGGUGGGGCCAAGCAUCGACGCUUCAUCUGGGAAGGAGUACUAGAAUGGAUAGAAAAAGUGAAAGGGCCAACAGAGAUGAAGAUUCCCCGUCAGCUACCCUGCAAGGUCUCCUGUUCAGUUGACUUGAAUGGAGAACCUGAAAUAAAAGCUGAGCAUUGGCCUCAGAAGCUUAUUAUGCAACUGAUCCCAAAACCAUUGGUUGUGGCACUGGGUGGGCAAUAUUUCAAGAAUGCUCAUUCUGUUUUGUUUCAUCCUGCACCCAGUGAAGCUCUUGAUAAUCUGGCUAAGGUCAUGGCACAAGGCCUGGCAGGAUGUGUGCAUUUCCAGACAGCUGGUGGACCUCCCUGUGACAUUAAAGUUCUCAUGCUCCUCCUCAGUCCUGAGAAACAAGCAUAUGUUGGCUUCAUUCCAAACGAUCAGGCAGGUUUUGUGGAGCGAAUCAGGGAUGUCAUACGGCAACAGAAGAGUCAGCAAGCUAUUCGUCAGCAGACACGGCAGGCUCCGGGGCAAGGCGGAACACCCCCUCCUUCAACUCCAAAUCCUGUUCCUGGAGGGAUGACCAUGAACCUUCCGAUCUCAUCAGCCAAUACCCAGAUAACAGUGAAUCAGAUGCCAGGCCCUGGAGGUGCAGGUAGAGGAGUCACGACUGGGGGAAGUGCAGGCCCAUCAGGUCAAGGUCCCAGUACUGGAACUGGGGAAUUCUCCCACCUUGAGGCUGAGAGACAACAGAAUCUCCUUCAGAUUCAGCAACUCCAAGCUUCCCUUGAUGCAGCCCAAUUCAAAGAACAGCAGCUGAGACAGGCACAAGUAAGAAGAUACCAGUUUCUUUAAAUGAUUCUUGUGCAAGCUACUCUAUAUGCAUGCAGCAAGACCCUUCUAACUCUCUCUGGAAAAUGGGAAUGUUGACAUGAUUGGCAAAAAUACUAACAGCUACGAGCACUCGAUGCUGUACAUCUCUUGCCUUGAUAGAUUGAAGGUUGCGGAAAGGGUCCUGCUGAGCCUGGUCCCCCUCCAGUGACCAAGGAGCCUCUUCUCAGGGCACAGCAAUUGAGGAACAUUCAGCACCAGCAGCAGCCAUCACCACAGCAACAGCAACAGCAACAGCAGCAGCAACAGCAACAGCAGCAGCA